GCGCAUGCGUCCGGGGGGCUCCGCGGGCGGCGGUUGGAACGGGGAGCGCGGCGUCGGCCAUGACCCAGCAGGGCGCGGCGCUGCAGAACUACAACAACGAGCUGGUCAAGUGCAUCGAGGAGCUGUGUCAGAAGCGGGAUGAGCUGUGCCGGCAGAUCCAGCAGGAGGAGGACGAGAAGCAGCGCUUGCAGAACGAGGUGAGGCAGCUGACCGAGAAGUUGGCCCGCGUCAACGAGAACUUGGCGCGCAAGAUCGCUUCCCGCAACGAGUUUGACCGGACCAUCGAGGAGACGGAGGCCGCCUACCUCAAGAUCCUGGAGAGUUCUCAAACGCUGCUCAGUGUCCUCAAGAGAGAAGCUGGGAAUCUGACCAAGGCCACAGCCUCUGACCAGAAGAGCAGUGGCGGCAAGGACAGCUGACAAGGCUGAGUGGACUAGGCCCUGUCUCUGCUGUACCCCAGAUAUGCACCCCCACACACACACAUAUCUGUCUUAAAACACAGUUAUUCUUUGUGGCACAUAUCUUCUCACUGUCUUGGGUGCCCAGAGGGGCAGCUGCCUUGAGUGACAAGAAAAGGCCCAGGCACAGCCCACGGCGGUAGAGAGGGUUGUUACUACCUCUGUACUCACAAGAGCCAUGAGGACAGUGGGUUCUGUGUCACUUCUACCAGGGACCUCGAGAGAGGCCCUGGGACAGGGAAGUCCUGGUUCCAGUUUUGCCACUGUAGGAGUCCCUCAUCGUCGCCUCUUAGCCAGCAGGGGUCCACGCCAGGCAAGUGCGGGAGGGUGCCUCCUUUACCACAGAACCCAAACCUCAGGGCCCACCCUAUAGUCUGUGGUCAAUAAAGGUUGUUUUUGCACA